GAUAAAUAUCAAUUAGCGGAAUUGCAGUCAAGCACAAACGUGCAAAUCAAAAUUCAUUCCCGAUAAAAAGAAAUUCUUUUUCAUACGCACCACAACAACAAAGGAAACGAAAUAUUUGUUUUAACAACGAAAUAAACUUUAUUUUUUUUCUGUAGCCAAAAAUAAAACAUUUAAGUUUCUUGUAAAAUUUACAAGUUGUUUUGUAUUUUUGUUUCUAAGAGCUCAUAAAAUGUUACGUGCCUUAAUAUUGGCGGCAUUAAUUUGUGUCUACUGUGGCACACUUCCUUCAAUGGCUGCCCAGACAUUUUCAGUUAAUAGGCGUCCCAUAACAAUAACCACAAAUGGCGUACCACCAACACCAACACCACCAUCAUCGUCAUCAUCAUCACUCUCGACAAGUAAGCCUGAUCAAGUAAUUGAUUCGAACAACAGCAAACAACAACAGGAUGAAGAACGUUUUUAUCAUCCGGCCGAGGACAAAAAACCAAGAGUUUUAGAAGAAUUUAAUCGUAAUUUUAAGGAUGGAAGUUAUGAAUACAAAUUUAUUUUAAGCAAUGGUGUUACACGCUAUGAAAAAUCAUACUGGAAACCAUUGGGAUUUGGUGAAAAACUAUUGGCUCGCAAGGGUUUCUAUUCACACCCACUAACAAAUCAUAAAUAUUUAACGGUAUUUUAUACGGCUGAUGAAAAUGGCUACCAACAAGAUACCGCCAAAUAUACAAAUGCUGUACCAACGUUGCCAAAGCAAUUGCAAGUACCUCAUCUCAAUUUCCCGCAGGAGACGAUAAUAGUAACGAAUCCAACAGCAACAACACGUAAACCAACUACUACAACACGUAGAACAACUACAACGACACGUAGACCAACAACUACUAGAACCACCACAACAACAACUACUACACGUAAACCUAAAACAACAACACGACGACCGGUGGUAAAACCUUCCGAAUUCAGCUGGAUUUACUAAACCAUAUAAGGAAAAAAGUAAAAAAAAACAGUGUAUGUUUUGCUUUUAGAUAGAGGAAUGGCAAUAACAACAAUAACAUAAAAAAUAUGUAAAAUAAAUGCAGGCAAGUAGAGCUAUUCACUGAUAAACAAACAGGAAACCGGAUAUAGAAAAAAGUGAUACCAAAACAAAUAAUAAUAACAAACAAUGUUGCCAAAAAAAGCAGCAAUUCAUGCAAACAUUUUUCUACAAAGUACCAAACAGCCAUCAAGCUGUGUAAAACACCAGUCAUCUUAAGUGCCAAAAACAAGCUUAAACAUCCCAUAUCAUGAACCAUUCCCAAUAACAGUUAAAAAGCAGAGCAACUCUUUGUAACCAGCUUACCACACCACUCGUCAUUUUUAUAUAUUUCUAUCAACUAAACGAACAUAAAUAAAUCUAUGUUUACCGCACUAGACUUUCUCUACCAGCUGACACUGUUGGUGCUGAUGCUGAUGCUGCAACUGAUGAUGAUGAAAAUGAAAUCCAAAUCCUUGAUUUAACAAAAAACAGACAGACAUGUUAAGAAUCCCAUUAAGCAUUUUAGGACAGCAACUCUUAGCAACAGCAGCAUCAGCAUCAACAACAUAAUUUUAGAAGUUUAUUGUUCCUUGUGAAGAAUAUAAAUUAAACUUACUUACAACUGUGUUUUAAUUUCAUAUUUUAUUUAAAAUUAAUUUAUAAAAGUUUUUCGUUUCGUCUUUAUUUUAACUGUCUAAAUUACGUUUCCUUUAAUCUUGACGAGGUUACUCUUCUCUUCUGAUUCAAUUAAUAAAUUACCAGCAAGCAUUUGCCAGUUUGAAA